AUGUAUAUAAUUAAAGAUGAUAAUUUAUUUUUAUCAGAAUCAUCUGAAAUUUUAGAAAUUAUAGAAAAUAAUCUUUUAGAAAAUAAGGUUUGGACUGAAGAAGAGUUUUCAAAAUUUAAAAAAUUAUAUUAUAAAGAAAAAGAUAUUAUUAAAAAACAAGAGAAUGAUAAUCAAGAUUUAGAAAAUAAAAUAAAUUUAUUACAAAAUAAUGAUUUUAAAAAAUCUUUUGAAAAAGUUUGUUGUAAAAAAAAUUGUUUACAAACUCAAGUUGAAUAUUCUAUAGCUUUAAAAAGAUAUUUAAAUUUUAAAAAUCUUACUAAAUCUUUACAAGAUAUCUUUGAAGGAAAAUCAAUUUGUAAAAAUGCUUUUAAAACAAUUUAUAGUCUUGAAGAUACAAGAUGGAAAAAUUUAAGAGAUUAUUUUGUAGAACAUAAUAUAAAUUUACAUAUUAAUUCAAAAACUGGAAAAGUUGGAAAUCGAACAAUAUCUUUUGAAACAGUAAUGAAAGUAAUUACCUUUAUAGGAAAUUUUGCUAAACAAAAUGGUUUACCAUCUCUAGGACAAAGUUUUCAUGAUAAUACUAUUGCUAUUAUAUAUUUACCAGCAGAUACUACUUAUUUAUCUUUAUAUACUCAAUAUUUAGAAGCAAUUAAUACUAAUGAUCAAUUUGAAAUUAGUUUAAUGACAUUUAUUAGAAUUUAG